CCUUUUUCCUCCGCCUCUUCCCCGACGGAGUUGAGAUCGGGAAAUUCUUAAAAUCCAAAUUCUCUCUCAUCAAUUUGACUGGAUCGAAAAUGGUCUACAUCGUUUCCUGGGACGAAUUUGUCGAUCGAUCUGUUCAGCUGUUUCGAGCCGAUCCCGAAUCUACAAGGUAUACCAUGAAGUAUAGGCACUGUGACGGCAAGUUGGUUCUUAAGGUUACUGAUAAUAAGGAGUGUCUCAAAUUCAAGACGGACCAAGCACAAGAUGCGAAGAAGAUGGAGAAGCUGAAUAACAUAUUCUUCACUUUGAUGGCCAGAGGACCAGAUGUUGAUCUAUCUGAAGUUACUGGGAAAGAACAGAUCGAGACACAACCCGUAAAGAAAGGAAGAGGAAGGAAGCAAUGAUUCUUUGAUGAGUUGCUUAAAGUUUCAAUCUUUCCUUUUUUUUUCCUUGUUCGAGAAAUCUAGGUGUUGUGGCUGAGACAAAAGGCAAAAAAGUACGCGUUGUCUCCGUGUCUCUGACUGUGUUACGGUCCGACCUUCCCUGUAACGUAUCUUCCGCAGAUGAGCAUCGGAUUUGUUGGACUUAAAGGACGAUUCUUUUCCUUUUUUGGAUUAUUUAAUCAAUUCUAUGAUUUAGUUCUA